AGGAAAAAGAAAAAGUAAAGAAAGAAGAAAAUAAAAUAAAAUAAAAUAAUCCUUCUUUCUUCCACUUCGAUGGCAUUGCUAUGUGGUUGAUUAUUGUUGAUGAUGACGAACUCACAGAUCAUAAUUACUUUACAGUGAUGAAUAAUUGAAAUCAAAACAAGAACAACCACCAUUUUGAUUUCUCUUUUCAUCCCAACAACAUCUUGAAACACAGAGAACAAACAUCAUCAUCAUCGUAUCAUCAUGUCGUUCUCGUUCUUUAAGGUUUCGAGGCCUAAAACGCCGCAGGAAGUUGUCAAGUCUAUCAAAGAGAGUCUCAUGGCACUCGAUACCAAAACCGUUGUUGAAGUUAAAGCUCUUGAGAAGGCUUUAGAGGAAGUUGAAAAGAAUUUUGUAACAAUGAGAACCAUGAUUUCUGGAGAUGGAGAAUCAGAACCGAAUUUAGAUCAGGUUUCACAGCUUGUGGAGGAAAUCUGCAAGGAGGAUGUUCUUACUCUUCUAAUUCACAAGUUGCCUAUACUUGGAUGGGAAGCUAGAAAGGAUUUAGUCCACUGUUGGACUAUAUUGUUAAAACAAAAGGUUGAUUCCAAUGAUUGCUGCGUAGAAUACAUUCAUCAACACAUUGAAUUACUAGACUUUCUUGUUGCAUGCUAUGAUAACAAAGAAAUUGCCCUGAGCUCUGGCAUAAUGUUGCGGGAGUGCAUCAAAUUUCCCAAUCUUGCAAAAUACAUAUUGGAAUCAGCAAGCUUUGUGUUGUUCUUUAAAUAUGUAGAGUUGCCUAACUUUGAUGUAGCAUCUGAUGCAUUUUCUACGUUUAAGGACCUUCUUUCUAAACAUGCAACUGUUGUCGCCGAAUUUUUGACAGCUCACUACGAUGAGUUCUUUGAUCAAUACGAGAAGCUCUUGACAUCUCCUAAUUAUGUCACAAGGAGGCAGUCUAUAAAGCUUCUCUCGGAUUUUCUCUUGGAAUCACCCAAUGCUCAGAUAAUGAAGCGUUACAUCUUAGAAGUUCGUUUUUUGAAAGUCAUGAUGACUUUGUUGACGGAUUCAAGUAAAAACAUUCAGUUAUCAGCUUUCCACAUUUUCAAGAUUUUCGUUGCUAAUCCUAAUAAGCCGCGAGAUGUAAAAAUAAUUCUAGGGAAGAACAAGGGGAAGCUGCUAGAAUUACUUCAUAAUCUAUCUCCGGGAAAAGGUUCAGAAGAUGAGCAAUUUGAAGAGGAAAAAGAGUUUAUCAUCAAGGAAAUUGAAAGAAUAUCAGUCUAAUAAUUUAUUCUAUAACAGUUGUGUUUGAUUUUAUAUAUAUAUUUUUUGUGUAUAUUCAAAUCUAAUUUGAUGCAAGGAUUUCAUGUUGGUGUUUGUGAGCAAGUAAUGUGUUGGAAGGUCCAUGAGUUUUAUGUGGACAAGACACCAUUUUUAUUUGUAUUGUAAUACAAACUAAAUUAAAAGCGUCAACUAACAACGUUGCUUUGAUACUAAAA